CAAUAACUGGGAAACAUCCUAAAAUUUAUUAAAUAAGUGCACGCAGAAUAUAUGUAUCUGAGACUUUUCCUGGGGUCUGUGUUCAAUAGAAAGAUUAAGAAAACUUCAGAAGAGAACGAUGCACCUGAUAACUGGUACAUUAUCAGAAGUGUAAGCUUGAGCUUGUGGUAGCAGAUAAAAUGAUUUCACAGAAUAAAGUAGGAUUUUUGAUUUUUCCAGAAUGAACUAAAAAGGACAGGCAGUUGAGAGUUGUAAGAAUGUUGUUAGGUUAUGCAGGGACAAAAUUAAAAGGGCCAAAGCCCAAAACUUAAAAAACUUAAACUACUUAAACUUACUAAAACUUAAUCUGACUACUGCUGUGAAAGACAGUAUCAAAACGCUUCUACAAAUAAACAGACAACAAAAAGGGUUGAGAAGACUCUCCAUCCUUAUGGGGUACUCUUUUGUAAGACGUGGUUGAGUCAGCGUCCCUAGCAGGAUUUAAAUAAUAUAUAGAGGUGGCACUUGGGGAUGACCUGAUUUAGUGGUGAACUUGGUGAUGCUGGGUGGACUCUUGGAGAUCUUUUCUAAUCUUAAUGAUUCUAUUAUUAAUUAUUAUCUAUUAUUAAUUAUUAAUUCUAUUAUCUAUUAGGAGAAAUCACCCCUCCUGCAUGAGUAUCAGCAAGUAAUUCUGCAUUUUCUGUUCUGCUGCUGAUUUCCCAAAUAAUAUUCCAAAAUGCCUUUGUUCUGAAGUGUAGUUUCUGAGGUGUAGCCCUCCCUCCUGUGCCCUGAUAAUUUCUCCAGGGAUGCCUCGAUGUAGAAAAGCUGAGUUCUUAUUUGAAGUGUGUUAUUUCCCUGUGGGUUGGGGAAUUGGUGGUUGGAGUCUUUCUUUAGCCUCAGGCUAUGAGCACUGCAGUCACACGGAUGUGCCUGUGCUUAUACAGAUCACCCUUAAAGCUUGACAAGGAACAUGGAGCUCCUUUAACAGUUUCAUUCUUUUGGUUCUUAGUAUUUCACACUUGUUGCCCCUCUGCUCAAUUAAUCUGGAAGAAGCUGGAUGCUGUUUGGAAACUUUAGAAAUAUGAAGGUUUCAUUUCCAUAAUAGUUUAAAUUAUUAAACAAGUGAAUAUCCAGGUCAUUCAGUAAAGACUGAGGGAGAAUGUUGUUCCUUUUGUUGGUUCUAGAAAUGUUUGUUCCCUACAUUCCUUUUGUAAUAAUCCAGAGCUAAUUAAUUGACCUUGUGGUUCCAGCUGGUAUGGAAGUGUAAUUUGCAAACCAGGACCAGCAGCUGGGUGCCACAAUAUUGACAAUAGACAAAUGAUAAUAUUGAGUUUCUAGGCCUGAGCUGAUGUUUGUCUUCCCAGUGCUUUGGAUUCUCUUGAAUUUUCAGUAUCUCAAGUUGUAUAGUUCCUUGAAGCUAAACUAGUAAUGUACUUUGUAGUGUAAUACUUUAUAUUAUCAUUCACUUGGGAAUCAUUUUGUAGAGAAAAAAAUGUUGGAAUAUUGCAGAAUUCAGUGGUGGAUAUGAGUUAUUGGUGUGCUUCCUUGAUAUCCAGUAAAGGCACUGGACUGUUCUGCCACAUCUGUAUCCACUCCUGAAGAGCCAACCUGGAUUAGUACUUUACCUGUAUGUGAAUAGAACUGGCUACAGUUUGGGCUGUUCUUAAGCCACCCUCUUAUUCCAAAUGCAUUCUAAAUUUAUUAUUUUUGUUCCUUUCUAAGUUUAUGAUCUCCCCUUUUCUCUUUGUUUUGCAAUUUUUACAUACACUAAACAUUCUGUGAGAGUUGUGUUACGUGCAGUGGCACCCCACAUAGAUAAGGCCAAACCAACAGUCACAGGAUCCUCUGGGGUCCCUUCCAGCUCAGGCUGUUCUGUGAUUCCAUGAGUUAUUACUCAGUGGUUACAAGCAGUAUGAAGCCUUUACAUAAACCAGGGUCUCUGUCCCCUCUCUUGUUGUGACACGUCUUUCCUUCCAGAAGUGAUUGUAUCUCAGUAAUGCUGCAGAGAUUUUCAGGGUAGAAGUUACUCUACAAACAUGAGUGUUAUUUAACCUCAAACCCAGUGAGGAGCUGGAAAGAUAAAUCUAGCUCUAAUGAAUGAAGUCCAAAAGCUGACAGCAUUCAGUAAUUUCACAGGCUUGGGAUAUUUACUGACAAGAAAAUUCAUUUCUGAGACUUGUUGACAGAAACAUCAAGAAUGGAGCUGCUGCCUUUGCUUCCACCCACCCCAGCAAAGAGUGGGGGAAGAGAAGCAGCUCUUAUAAAUAGCUCAGUUCCUGUUGUAUUUGUAAGUUCGGUGCUUUUUGUGUCAAUGACAUCACCCUCUUCUCCAUGGCAACCCCCUACGAUGUCAAAACUGCAGGGCACCAUCACAGGAACUCAGACCAGCAGAUGAACAGGUUGAAUUAAGAUGAUUUAACUGCAAAAUAGUGCAGGGGAAACAGGAGGAGGUGGGAAACUACAGGGGCUACUGGCAGCUCUGUUACUCUGGAAAACAAGCAUCUCUAGUGGCUGGUUCCCCAAACUCUGCCCUAUCUCUUUUUCAAGUCCUUGUCAGGAGGAGGUAGGUGGCAGGCAGGCAUCUUUUUCUCAAUCUCCAGUGUGUCUGGAGAGCAGAACUACAGGUGACUAAGCAGGAGGAGCAUGACUGACUCACUCCUGAAUUAUUUCUCACUCCUCUUCCCCCUCCCAUCUAUUCUGUUUGUUUUUUUAGCUUUCACCCAACAGCUCAGAUUUUUCCCCAGGCUCUGAUGAGGAAGAAUUAGCAGCAGGCUUUCUUGUUACCUAAUGUUCACAAAAAUGUGCUUGUGGUUAUCCAGGUGAGGAAAUAGAAGCCAACUCAGACAGCAAGAAAAAUGAAUUGACUCUUGGAAACAACACCUUUAUCUGGGAGAAAAAAAAAAAAAAAGCGCUUCUUUUUUCCAAAUGUUGUGUAGGAAAUACUUAAGUAACUGACGUGCCAGGAAGCUGUAAAUAACUGGCUUCUUUAUCAGGAUACCUAUGGAAAAUACCUACCUGCCUUCCUGGCAGCCCUGCUUGUGUUGAUUUCUAAACCGAUUGCAGUGGGGAAAAACCAUGGCCCUUGCUGUCUUGAUUACAGCAUUGGAUUCUGCUGGGUUGCAUUUGGGACUCAAGGAUCAGGAAUGUAAUGGUUACAGCUGUAGAGUUUCAGCCAGUAUGAGCUGUUUCAAUCAGCUUAAUAAAUCUGUCCUCAUUUACAUCCCUAUGAAGUCUGAAGCCUCAGAACAAUUUACCUUCCUUCUCAGGGUGCCAGGAGAACUGUUGCUGAAACGUAGCCUGCAGAAGUGUCAACUUUGUAUUAGCUUUCGCAUUUUUUUUGAAAUUGCAUGACUUGGGACCCAGGCAAGUUAUGCAAGACCAGCACAAUGCCCAGAGUCCUGACAUCCACAAAAGGAUGUGGCAAUGCUCUCCACAUAGAGAAGGAAGUCUGUGACAGAAUAACACUGUAUUUGCUCCUUGUGGCCUGCAGUUUGCAGGGCAUGAGAGUCUUCAAUCAGAGAUUCUCGAAGUGUAAGGCUCCGUUAUGUCUGUAGCUCUCUCCCCACCCCAGUGUGAUGCUAAGCCUGUGAUUUCUAGGCUUGGUUGAGGGGAAAAUGCAUGGAGUCUCUACACACCAGAAUCUUGAUUAGUAUCUUGCUCUUGCCUUUUGUGCAAAAUGCCACUCAAGGCACUGUGCCAUCCUCUUUGCUGAGCUCACAGCAUCAGCCCACGAUAAAAAAAGGUCCCAGAAAACAUUGACUCACUGCAUCCCAGCAUCCUGACAGGGCUAUAUGUCUGCAGUGAGAUCUCCUCAGGUGGAGCUGCGAGGUUUCAAUGGAAUUGGUGACUGUGAAGCUGUUUUACCUUCCCUGAGUUGUGCUACCACCUGUACUGCCUGCCAGAAACAGGGGUGGGAGCACUGGGAUCACUGCCCAGCACCUGGCACGGGGCAGUGCUGCUGAGGAAGCAGCUGGAGCCGGGGGGGGUUGCAUGUGCAUGAGGAGUUUUCUGCAGAAGCUUUAAGACUAAAUUGCUGAGAAUUUUUGCCUGAAGCAAGGGAUGUUUCCCGUGUUUAAGACAAGAAGCAACCUGCAGUCAGAAGGAAGAAGGGACUGAAUUCACUCCAAAAGUAUUUCUCCGGGAUCUUUUUUCAAGUACUGUGGAGCUCAUGAAUUCCAACUACAGCUGGGACUCUGGCGCUUGUACAAAGACACUGCAGCUCUUUCAGUUGGAAUGAACAGGGACCAAGAGAGGAGACAGUGAGAAGAAGGUGAGAUGGUUCCAACAGGCUCUGCUAUUGGCAUCUGUUGUUUUCCAUGGAACAGGAAUCUGAGGCUUCUCCACGCUGAGCGCUUCUGUGUCCCAUCUGCUACCACACCCUGAAAUCAAACUCGGCAGCUUAGGUGAACCAGGCACUGUACAAACAUGUCAGACUUGCCUCCACCCCUUUUUCUUCUCCCGCUUUCUCCUGCCGUCUUUCUCUCUCAAGUUUAUCGACGCGUCAGCGGAUUCCAGUGGCAGAGCAUUCUCACUUCACCUCUGGUCACGGAGCAAUGAGGAGUCAGGGGGAUGUUUCUGGAAGGGAAGAAAAACUGGGAGCUGGAUUCCUUUGGGAAGGAGUUUGCUUCAUCUUUACUCCUAUAGCCCAGCAACACCGUCCUCCAAUCGGCUUUGCUGCAUGACAGUGGGAGAGUUUACCUCCAGGACCCUUCCUUCUCCUCUCCCUUGGAACUGUCCACCACCGGCAUUGUUGCUGCAGGACUGCCAGACAUUAAUGCUUUAAUGUAUUUGGGGACAGAGCACUGAAAAAACAGAAGAGCAAUUUGUUUCUGGCAUCAUGUUUCGUAAGAAGAAGAAGAAACGCCCGGAGAUCUCGGCCCCGCAGAACUUUGAGCACCGUGUCCACACCUCAUUUGACCCAAAGGAGGGCAAAUUUGUGGGCCUGCCACCUCAAUGGCAGAAUAUUCUGGACACACUGAGGCGCCCCAAGCCAGUGGUAGAUCCUUCAAGGAUCACAAGGAUGCAGCUCCAGCCUAUGAAGACCGUGGUGAGGGGCAGCACCGUGGAAGUGGAAGGCUACAUCUCUGGUUUGCUCAAUGACAUCCAGAAGCUUUCUGCCAUCAGCUCAAACACUCUGAGGGGCAGGAGCCCCACCAGUAGGAGGAGAGCCCAGUCCCUUGGGCUCCUGGGAGACGAGAGACCCCCAGACAUGUACCUUCAGAGUCCUGAAGGAGACUGGGCAGACAAGUAUGGGAACUACCUCAACUGCAACGGCGGGUCCAAGGUGGCCCGGAGGCAGACCAUGUGGCCGGAUUACAAAUCCCGCCUGGAAGGGCAGUCUCAUCCCAACGGGAUGGUGACAAAAGCCCAGUCCCUGGGGCCGUCAGAGUUCCAGGGUGCUGAUGGCAGCUGUCUGCAGCGCACCUCUGGGCUGCAGCACGUGCCUGCUGUGCCAGGGGACAACGAGACGCCAGUGAAGAGCCCAGAGGAGGGCUGGCUUCAGCGACAGCCCAAUGCCAGGCCCUCAGGCGAGGGCAGCCCCAACUCCAAAUCACGGGAGAACAGCCUGAAGAGGAGGCUCCUGCGCAGCGUGUUCCCAUCGUCCAACACCUCAAACAAGCCAGGCCCUCCCCUGCAGAUCAAGCCUAAUGCUUUCUUCAAGCCCCAGCAGUGGGGUUCCCCCCACAGCCCUGCAGCCAAAGCCCAGUCUCUCCCCCCAGACCAACCUGCCUCCGAGUUCCCCAGGAUGAUCUCUGAAGCUGGGACUCCCCAGAAGUCCCCAACUGCAGAGAAAGCUGUGGCAGUGCCACCAGGCCGGCCCUCCCCGGCGGGGUCCCCCAGGAACCGGCAGACCCAGACCAGUUCCAGCAACCUCCACCUGCCCCAGGACUCUGCUGGGAAGGGGCAGCCAGCCAGCGAGGACCCUGUGGUUGUGACUCACGAGCAGUUCAAAGCUGCCCUCAGGAUGGUUGUGGACCAAGGAGAUCCCAGGACAUUGCUGGAGAAUUACAUCAAGAUUGGGGAAGGCUCCACAGGAAUCGUGUGCAUUGCCCGGGAAAAGCACUCAGGGCGCCAGGUGGCCGUGAAAAUGAUGGAUCUGAGGAAGCAGCAGCGCCGGGAGCUCCUCUUCAAUGAGGUGGUGAUAAUGAGGGACUAUCAACACAUCAAUGUCGUGGAGAUGUACAAGAGCUACCUUGUGGGAGAGGAACUCUGGGUGCUGAUGGAGUUCCUGCAGGGAGGAGCCCUCACAGACAUCGUGUCUCAGAUCAGGCUGAACGAGGAGCAGAUUGCCACAGUGUGUGAGUCGGUGCUGCAGGCUCUGUCCUAUCUCCACUCUCAGGGGGUCAUUCACCGAGACAUCAAGAGCGACUCCAUUCUUCUGACCUUGGAUGGCAGGGUCAAACUCUCUGAUUUUGGCUUCUGUGCUCAGAUCAGUAAAGAUGUACCUAAAAGAAAAUCCCUGGUAGGUACUCCUUAUUGGAUGGCUCCAGAAGUCAUUGCAAGGAUACCAUACACCACCGAGGUGGAUAUCUGGUCCCUGGGGAUCAUGGUGAUAGAGAUGAUAGAUGGAGAACCCCCCUACUUCAGUGAUUCUCCAGUCCAGGCAAUGAAGAGACUCCGUGACAGCCCUCCUCCCAAACUGAAAAACUUCCACAGGACCUCCCCAGUUCUGAGAGAUUUCUUGGAAAGGAUGUUGACACGGGAUCCACUGAAAAGAGCAACGGCACAAGAACUUCUGGAUCACCCCUUUUUGCUCCAGACAGGACUUCCAGAGUGCUUGGUGCCCCUUAUCCAGCAGUACAGGAAGCGCACCUCCACCUGCUGACUUUAUAUGAGGGAAACUGUAGGGAAAAAGAAUGUUUAUAAAAAAAAAAUCAUAGAGAAAAAAUUAAGAGCCCAGGCAGUCUCGACCUGUGAAUGGUGCUUGGAACUUGCCAGUGAUUGUUUUUGGAGGACGAAUGUGAAUCCUUUCUGUGCAUCCUCAGCCUUCUGUGGCUUCUUCAUUGCUGAAGACAAUCAAAACAGACUACAUCUAAGUGAGACUAAGUCUGUCUCAAGGAUAAAGCGGGUAUUCCAUGGCUUGUGGAUCGCUGCUGCCGAAGGAUGGCAUUCAAAAGUGGAGUCUGAAGUUGUGUAUCUGAAUGUCUGUGGGUUUCUGCACACCCUGGCUGCUGACUACUGAGCUGCAACAAUAUUUCCCACUUAGAAAUGUGAUGUUUGUUUCCUUCAUUGUACACUGGAGCCAUGAGCUGACUCUCUUUGGGGCACAGACACCUUUAAACUGUAAAUGCACAAUGACUUUUUUUUUCCUCUGAGACAUUUUCACAGAUGAUUUUAAUUUCCUUUGGUUAAACAUGGACCUGGAAACCUGCAUACACUUCCUUAGGGAGCAGAUGUGAUAUGUAUAUAUUUGUUUCUAAGUGGCUCUCUUGCAUCAACAUGCUUCUCUUGCUGCAGAAUAUGUAUGGUUUAGUGGUCAAUCUUGAAUCCAUUUCAUAAUUUUAAACUUCUGGAAGGGGAAACCCUUGGAUAUGGUCCUCAAAGUGGACUCUUAUGAAGACCAGGUGCUCUUACCACCAGGAUCUAAUAGUUGAAAAUUCACCAUUUGCAACACUCUGUGUGCUGGUUGGAAUGUGAACGGUGUGUUCCUGUGGCUGGUCUCCAGGCACCUUGCUUUCCCAAUCCUUUCUCCCAGGAGAGGCUGAGAAGUGCUUCCCUGGGGCAGUUAUUGGGUAGCAUUUUGGGGAUGCCAUAGGGGACUAAAUGGAAAUAUUUGAGCUAUCCUGCAUAUCCCAGGAUUGAUUUUUGUGUUUGUGUGCUGCUGUCUGGCUAUUGGUCUGCCCUUCCCCAUCAGCCCUUUACUUCUGGACGGUUUCUGGUUGUCUAAACGGCUCUUUCAGUUAUUUUAACAUAGUUUUAGAUAUUUUGUAUGCUGCACUCUCUGAUCAGUGAGAUCCUCAAGGUAAUUGGACUCUAGGUCGGGAUUAACAUUGUACAGUGAUGGUGUGUGUUGUUGUGAGGUCUCAAGAAUAUAUUCGUACAUGUGGAACUGGGAUCUUGUUUUGGAACUCCAGAUACCAAGGUUUUGGACUUUUAGUUAUUCUCAGGACAGUCCUGCUGUCUCAGAAACUGACCUCAGAACUGCGUUUUCUUCAGAAGAUGUUCAUAACCUCUGCCCUCUGCUAUUUGCUCCAGCUACAGAUUCUGCUUCAAAAUUGAAGCCACGGUUGAUUACUUGAAGUAAUUUGGGAUGGAAUUCAUCUGCACUGCUGCGAGCCGUCAGAGGGUGGGCACCCAGUCUGCGGAGCUGUACAUUGGUUCUGUAGCCCACGGGGAGAGGAACACCCCUGGGGAACAGCUCAGGAGGUGGUCCAUCCCCUUGGUUCAGACACCUGCUGAAGGACAAAAUCACUCUCUGUCUUACCCAUGGCAGGUAGAGGUUGUAGGGGGUUUCUGUAGACUGGAUGUCUAAGUUUGGAGCUGAUGGAGUUGGUUGAAAUUAAUUCAUUAAGCUCCUCCUUAGCUGCACUGGAAAAUUUUUGAUGUAAAAUGUUUCUGUAUUCCAGAUAUAUUGCUUUUUUUUUAAUGCAAAAAAAGCAGGGCUUGGAAAAGAUUUAUAAUUUGAAACAAACAGUCCUGCUCGUCUUUAGUUGUGAAGCCUUUGCACUUGUGUUUUAAAUUAAAGUAGUUCUUGAUUUAUUCAUAA